UUAUAAUUUGAUACUGGUAUUUACUAGCUGUACCUUGGUUUUAAGUUAUGUGAAGUUAUUGCUAGUAUCUGCUGUUGAUAUUCAUAACUUGACUGCACUGCCUUGUAAUACUUCAGUUGUUGUGUGCAUAUAUUGAUUUGUGGCAAGAAUUAAAGAUUUGUCAGUACAUGUCUAAGGUAUGGAAUGACAUUAUCAGAAACAUACAUGUAUCCGCUUACAUGUACCUAAACUAACAACCACCUCUUGUUUCCAAGUUUACAAUUUUUUUAUUCAAUCAUUUGAAUUAAGUUUUAAUUGCAUUGUACCAGUAUUCCUCUAUUCAAUUUGCUCGAGAAGUUGGACAUUUAAUUCACUAGGCCAGUCGAAGGGUGUUUUUUUUUCUUCUUAAUACAAAGGUUUAUUUCUCAUAAGCAAAGAUGUUCUUUAAACACGGUAGCCAUUCUUUAGACCUGGUAGCCCGAGCAUAAGUUAUUUGUUGUAUUCUCCAAGUCAAGCUCUUUGUGUGUAACAAUCCGUCAAUUUCCUUGUUGACAUUUGGAACAGAGAGUGGUAAAUCUCCAGGAUUGGAUUAAGGGUAGAGGGUCACUUCUGAACAACUGUCGUGAAAUAUCUUAUCUGUGCCAAUUGUCAUGUAAGUGUGUAAUCUUGUUUUCUCCCAUAAAUUAUUGAAGUUCUCACUUCAUGUUUGAAUUCAAGGUAAAGAUUCAAGAUAGAAAGUGUAAUAUAUCUGAGAAUUCAUACCAAGAGUACAGGGAGUUGAUUAAAGGCCUCCUUGUGGAUUCUGAUCUACUUCCUCAAGUUCCUAAUGACCCCAGGAUGGACAGAAUCACAAACCUGUGGGUGGAUCUACAAAGAGAUAACAGGUUACCAAAGGGGGUGUUAACAGCAAGCUGUGAGGCGGAGCUCCAGGAGUUGAUGAAACAGAUUGACAUCAUGAUGGCCACCAAGAAGAAGGACUGGGAGCACCAGAUCCAGAGUCUGCAGAGCAAGGUGGAGCUCAGGGACAAGGAGAGCCUGCUGCAAAAGUCCACCAUUGACCAGAAGCACAAAGAGAUAAUUCCAACCUCUCUGAUUGGUCACCUCAGACUUCAAGUGGAGACAAUGGAGAAAUCCCACCGGGAAUUAGUGACUUGUUAUGAGCAGCAAUUAACAAACCUUAAAAGUGAGGUCCAAAAGGUAAAGAGAGAUUAUGAGAGGCUUAGCAAAAAACAUGUAAAACAGAUAAAGGAACAUCAGAGAGAAAAAGACAAAAGUCACACGGACCUUCACGAGAGUUCAUCUGAGAUAGGGCGCCUCAACAACAAACUUCUGGAAUAUCGGCAGAAAGCCAAAGACUGGGAAUUACAGCGAAGGACAUUCCAGAAACAGAUCGAGGCUUUGGACUCGCAGAAGAAGGCUCUCUCAGAAAAAUGUGAAUUUAUUCAGAGCCAGUCUCAAACCUACCAAUCUCAACUUGAUCGCAGAAAACAGAUGCUGGACUCAACCGAGUUGAGUCUAAAAAAUCAAAUAUCUCAGUUGGAGGGCCAACUUGAGCGGACUAACGACACACUAACCUCACAGGAAACAAAGGUUGAAAAGUUGAAGUCUUCCCUUGAUGAUGCCAUGAGCGCUCACAAAAAAGCAAUGGAUGAUAAUGAGAAACUUUUGAAUGACCUUAAGAAGGCCAACAAUACAAUCCGCAAAUAUGAGGAGGAGAAGGGAGAGUUGGAGACAGAAUUGAAUGCUAAGGAGGACCUGCUGAGGGCUCUAGAUGAGGACAAAAGUAUCCACAGUGAAAGUAUGACAAAGAUGGAGCAGACACUUGCGGAGAAAGACGAGAUUAUCAAAUCUUUGAGUGACAUAAGACACAAGGAGGAGAGUGAUCAGAUACGACUGAUGAGAGAAUCAAUGGAGGAUGCAAGGGAGGAAUCAAGGAUGUGUAGGAAAAAUGAGAAGGAGUUAAAAGAGGAGUUGUCUAGUUUAAAGUCCCAUCUCCAGCGAGCAGUGGAGGACUGUGAAAGGCUGUCCGAUCAACUGGAACAAAAGAAAAAUGAGCUGUCCAAAUUAGAAAAUGGAGAAUUGAAGAGAGUGAAAGCAGAAGUCAAUAAACUGCGGGAGCUGCAGCUCUCCCAGAAAGAUUCCUAUGAAUCAGAAGUCCAGGGGCUGAAGGUAGAGAUUUCACGCUUGACCAAGGAUCUGCAUGAUCGCACUAAAACCAUGUCUGAUCUGAGUGAGGAAUCUGGCCAGAUGGAGGCUCAGCUCAGAAAUGAAGUGGAGGCCCAAGAAAGAAGACAGGCAGAGCUACAGGUUGCAAAUGCACAGAUUGAAGCACUAAGACUAGAAAACCGUCACUUGCGUCAGACGAUUUUACAGCAAGCCAAAAAUGACUCUGACCAGGACAAGAUUCAGGAGCAUCUGAAGGCUGUACAAAAUGCCUAUACCACCACCAUAACUAAACUGGAGCAAGAGAACCGUCAGUUGCGAGACGACCUGUCAUGUCUGCGAGAGGAAAUGAAUGAAAUGGAGGAGAAAUUUGAAGAACAAUUACGACUGGCUCUCAGAGACUCAGAAAUGUCCGCCCAGAAUAUGAAGUCCAAAGACGAUAGGAGGCUCCAGAGGGCGGGGGAGGAGUCCCAGCGUAAGUUUCAUGCCCUACAGGAGAGACUGGACUCCACGGUCCAGCGGUACGAGGAGGAGAUCAGCUACUUACGCAGUCAGAAGACGCGCCUCGAGGAGCAGCUCGACAUGGAGAGGAACAGCAACUACAGCCAGCCAGUGAAUGGAAUGGACCAUUACGAUGUUGAGAUUGGAGGAACGAGGGCUAAUGGGGAUGGAGAAGUUCAUCAUGAAGCAGACAACAGUUUUGAGACAGUCCUCAGUAGUCAGGCCAUGUCUAUCUCGGAGAGUGUCAAUGACUACGGAAUUCAUGAGGAGUAUAAUAAUGUAGAGGACUCGCACUCGAGAAAUUCUGUAUCAGAAAGAUUUUUAGCUGCAGAAAAUCAGAGAGCUAGAGAACUAGAAAGACUCAUAGACUCGCACAUAGAACAGCUGAAAAUAGGAACAGAAGCAACACUGCGUAAAUAUAACGUCAAGAGAUGAUGCCAAGUCCCCUUGUGAUGUAACUUAUUCCUGUGUUCAGUCCACUUGAUGAGAACAGGGUGAUUUUCUGCAGCCAAGCAAGAAAUUUCUGUGAUAUAUAAAUCGUACAAUGUGCAAUUUAGAUAUGCUAUCAAAAGGUAUCUGAGGAGCUGAGGACUUAAUGUCUCAGGUGUGAAUAGAAUGCAGUUUUUGUUCAGCAUGAGCACUCAUUUAGCUGAAAAUGUGUCCUUUGAUAUUACAGCAAAUGAGACAAGCUGAAAGUGACUACCGAUUCUCCUUGUUUAUAAGAACAUUAUCAUUGGAUGUGUUAACGUUUGUAUACGCACACAAUAGGACUGUGAUAUUUGCAGAGGGUUGUACAAGUUUGUACAUUGUAUUGAUUUUACAUAACAAUUAUUUAUUUAAUUAUAUGAUGUACUAAUGUUGUGUAAAGUGAGAUUAUGAAAUUGAAUUUUUUUCUGAUAGUUGUCAAAUGAAGUAUGUAUUAAUAUAAAAAGUACAUUUUCAAUUAUCAUUAUUCAGUCUGUCAAUCAAAUUUCAUAUCUAAUAGGCUUUAUAUUGCUAAAUACAUAAGAGUAUAUUCUAACUUAUGAAAAUGAUGACACUGUAAUGGUAUUUAUCAUUACAUUAUAUACACUGUAUUUAAUUUGAAUCCCUGAUAUUGUUUUUUUUUCUACAUGUACUUGUUUCUUGCACUACUGCACAUUGUUAUUUCUUUUGUUGACGUUUUUAUCGCACAUGUUAAACAAACACUAUUACAUGUUCCUGUAUUACACGUCUUGUUAUAACUGCAUGUACCAGUGAUUUAUAGAACUUUUUCUGCUGCCACUUGAGGGAUAGAUACCAACUUGUAUCUUCAGCAUGAAACUUCAAUGAAUUUUAGAGCACCCUCAGAAGUAAAAGUUAGACAGUUUUAACUUCCAUCAAUAUAAUGAAAUGUUCUAUACUUCAAGAUUAUAUUGUAAAUAAAUUAUUUUUUUUUAAACUGAU